AUGGCACUCGGCUCCGAGGCAGCCGCACUACUGACCCUCGCCACCCACGCACUCAGCCACCAAACCUCGCCCGCGCAGCACGCCCUGCUCUCCGCCGACGAGCGCAAGUCCGCGCUGCAGCAGCUCCUGGCGACUGUCGAAGCCGCGGCGAAGCUCGCUGAGGUCGCGCAUGUAGAGGCGUUGGCGCAGCGCGGCGGCGACACAGAGUGCGUCAGGGCUGAGACGGAGCGGAUGAAGGCGGAGGCGGAGAAGAUUGGGAAGGAGGUGGAGAGGGCGGUGGCGGAGACGGAUAGGCUCAGGGUGGAGGUGGAGAGGGUUGAGAAGGAGGCUGACAGGACGGCGGAGGAGACGGAGAGGAUGAAGGCGGAGGCGGGGAAGGUGGAGAAGGAGGCGGAUAAGGCCGGGAGGGAGACGGAGCGGGCGGCGCAGGAGACGGAGAGGGUGAAGUGGGAGGCGGAUAAGGUGUCGAGAGAGACUGAGCGGGCGGUGCAGGAGACGGAGAGGCUGAAGGCGGAGACGGAGAAGGUCGGGAAGGAGGUUGAGCGGACGGUGCAGGAGAGGGAGAGGCUGAGGGUGGAGGUGGAGAGGGUUGAGAAGGAGGUUGAGAGGACGGCGCAGGAGAGGGAGAGGCUGAGGGUGGAGGUGGAGAGGGUUGAGAAGGAGGUUGAGAGGACGGCGCAGGAGACGGAGAGGGUAGAGGCGGAGACAGGGAAGGUGGGUAAGGAGGUUGAGAGGUCGGUGGCAGAGCGGGAAAGGGUGAAGGUGGAGGUGGAGAAGAUUAGCAAGGAUGUUGAGAGGUUGGUGGCAGAGAAGAACAGGGUGAAGGCGGAGGAGGAGAAGCUCUUGAGGGAGGUUUCGAGGACGGUGCACGAGACCGAAAGGCUGAAGGCGGAGGCAGCGAAGGUCGCGAAAGAGACCGAGAGAACUGACCACGAGACGGAGAGGCUGAAAGGAGAGGCAGCGAAGGUCGCAAAGGAGACCGAGAGAGCGGACCACGAGGCGGAGAGGCUAAGGGUGGAGGUGGACCGCGUGAGGUGUGAGACGGAGUAUCAGAGGGUAGUUAAGCGUUAG